AGUAGAAGCACCGAGCAGCCCUUUAAACGUAGCCUACGUGCAAAGAUGGCAGCUCAAGUAGACUUGCUCCGGGCCAGAGUAGAAGAUGAAAAGGUGAGAUACAGUCUGGAUCGAUUCAUUAGAGAGAAGAAAAAGAAGAAGAAACACGACCUGUCGCCCUCAGCUGACAAACGGGAGAAGUCUGCAAAAGAAGAGAAGAAAGUGAAGCUCCAUCACCACCAUCACCACCACCAGCACGGGGAGAACCGGGUCCACCAGCUGCAGCAAAAUCCCAAACCACACAAGUUCAGCGCAGAUAAACAUGAUCAGCAAAGCCACCACCACCACCACUACCACCACGGGCAUCACCACGAUCGCGGUCUCACCAAUGGUACGAAAAGCCUGCAGCCGGCUUUGCCUCUUCCUCCUCCUCCUCCUCCUCCUCAGCCGCGGAAGGUAUCGGAGCAGCAGCAGCAGAUGAAGAAGAAGAAGCAGCGAGCGGUGCUGCCCGAGACACCUGCGCUCUUCACGUUCACGCCUCUCAAGGUGGUCAAGGCCAAGACCCAGGAUUUUAAAGAAAAACACCGAGACAAAGACCUGAAAGUGAAGCUGAAGAAGGAGAACACCGAGGCCAAUGUGAAACACUCUGAAAUGAAGAACAAGAAGGAGCCAAGGCCCCACAACGAGAAUGUCAAGUCUCAAACACUGGAGGAAUAUCUCCUGAAGAAGAGAAAGAAGAAGAAGAAGCACCGCGAGGAUGAGCACAGUGUCAAAAAGGUCCGAUACAUGCACAACAAAGCGGUUCAGACUGUGUGUGCAGGGCUUGGGGCGGAUCUCACUCUGCCCGUUCGGCCUGAUCCGCCUCUGCAUGGCACCAUGAGGCAUGAGAGCAAUCGACCACCUGGCAGAGACACUGUGGACAACCACCAAGCCUACCUCCGUGCUCUCAAGCUCGGACACGUCCCCUUCCUCUCCCACCAAGACCACUACAUCCGCAGCUCCUGCCUGCAGACGGGCACCUGGUGCGGACGCUUCAUGCAUGAGGAAAGGCAAGCCAACGGUGGGGGGUCGGUUCUACACGCCUAUGCUGAUGAGCUAGCUUGUCUCGGUCCGGCUGAGAUGGAGUGCUUUUCCCAGGAGUUUCUGGAGUUGGCUUUUGCUGAGACACCCAGAGGUGCAGCCUCAUAUGCUUUGGCAGUGGUGCACAGUGCAGCCGCCUUCCUACCUGACUUCCUGGACUACUUUGCCUUCAACUUCCCCAACACACCAGUUAAAAUGGAGAUACUGGGCAAGAAAGACAUUGAGACCACCACUAUUGCCAACUUUCACUCUCAGGUGAGCCGGACUUACUGUUCAGGAACGUACCGGUCUGGACCCAUGAGGCAGAUAAGCUUGGUGGGAGCAGUAGAUGAGGAAGUUGGAGACUAUUUCCCAGAGUUCCUUGACAUGCUGGAGGAAUCACCCUUUCUCAAGAUGACUCUACCGUGGGGAAGCCUCUCCAGUCUCAAGCUGGACUGUCGCUCUCAAAGUGACGAUGGGCCCAUCAUGUGGGUGCGACCAGGAGAACAAAUGGUCCCCACUGCUGACAUGCCCAAGUCUCCCUUCAAAAGACGCAGGUCCAUGAAUGAGAUUAAAAAUCUACACUACCUGCCUCGGGCCAGUGAACCCAGAGAGGUUCUGUUUGAGGACCGAACUAAGGCCCAUGCAGACCAUGUAGGACAGAGCUUUGACUGGCAGAGCACUGCUGCUGUGGGGGUUCUGAAGGCCGUGCACUUUGGAGAAUGGAAUAACCAACCUCGAAUAACCAAAGACGUAGUGUGUUUCCAAGCUGGGGACUUCAAUGAAGUUGUCCACAGGCUGCAGCUGGAUCUGUACGAGCCCCCAGUGUCUCAGUGUGUCCAGUGGGUAGACGAUGCCAAGCUCAACCAGCUGAGGAGGGAAGGCAUCCGCUACGUCCGUGUCCAGCUCUGUGACGACGACAUUUACUUCAUCCCAAGGAAUGUCAUCCACCAGUUUAAGACCGUGUCUGCAGUCUGCAGCCUGGCCUGGCACAUCCGCCUCAAACGGUACCAUCCAGAGGGAAAGGACAAGGAGGAGGAGCAGCGACCCAACGAUCUCAGCUCCACCAUGGGGCGAUUCUCUUUUUCCUCCCCUGCCAGGCCUGAUGCCACCGUAACCCCCCGUGCACGACCACAGGCAGACAACAUUCAAGGGGGCGUGGCCAAAACUGAAGAACCAGAGUUCCAGAGGCCAGCAACGCCUCCCCAGGAGCCUCAGCCAGCAUCUCCACAGCCCACCAAAUCUGCUCACGUGCCCCCAAAAUACCAGAAUCCCCACCUUUUCUCAGAAACAGUCCACCCUGGAUGUACACCUUCAAAAGAGCCCAUCCUUCCAAAACUUGGCCACACAGCAGAAUUCCCUAAAUUACCCAACAAUGUCUCUCUUCCCACUUUGGUGAGAGUGAACCUGAAAGAUUUGUAGACUAAAACUGACACCUGUGUCAAUCAGGAAGCCUUUAAAUUAUUCUUCAGACUUUUUUCUUCAUCUUUUAAACGUUGAUAAAAUGUUCCCAUAUGUUUUUCAGCCAAAGGGAUUUGAUGGGACUGUGUAACACAUUUGUUCUUUUGAUGGGACUGUGUAACACAUUUGUUCUUUUGAUGGGACUGUGUAACACAUUUGUUCUUUUUUAAUUUGAUAGCACCUAAACUGGAGCCCUCUACUGUCUCAUUCAAAAGGUAUGUAUCGUGUAGAGAAACUAUUAUUUGUAGACUGACUAUGAGUUGACACGCUAACUGUAAAACGUUUAAUCUACGCUGAAGGCUCCGCUGUUUCUUCUUUUGACGUAAUUACUUCAUCGAAGAUGUAAAGUCUGUGGCAGGUGGAGUCAUUGCUUACAUUGAUAAGAUAUGAAUACUCUGGAAGCCUGAUAUUGACAUGAUACGGUUUUAUUCAUUGCAGUGACAAAGGCAUAUAGAAUAAGCCUACCGAGGAGAUACGUGUAGUUUCAUGGAUUGAGGAUGUUGUCAGUUGUCAUCAGAAUCAAAAGCUCGCCACAUAUUUGAUUUCCUGGAUUGGUUACAGCCAGCAAACAAAGGAAAAUCAAAAUGAGUCUUUUGUUUUAAAUGUUUCUUUUAAAUUAAAGAAGAUACAUUUUUCUUUGGGUAGAGAAUUGUAAUU